AAAAAUAUUGCUGCUGACUUGGAAUUUCAAUUUCUUACGAUAAGGUAAAGUGGAAAGUUGGACAAUUUACUAUAAAACUCGUACGAAUUUUUCAUAUUUUACUUAUUAAUUUGGCAAGUUUAUAUAUGACGGUGAAAAGAACAUUAUUACUGCGCGAGCUGUGAAAUAAUUUGUGCGUUGGUUGUUUGAGAGGGUGACUAAUAAAUUAAUCAUCGCGAGUGCAUAAUUAUAAUUAAUUGGAUAGGUAAAAAAUAUCAAUUAAAUAAGUCGGGUUGGACGUGGUAAAUUAGAUAACUUCUGUCUUGUUAGAGCUUUAAAGAAGUCAGUCACAAGAAUGAUCAAACGGAAAGGAUGAGGAGCUUUGAUAUGCAAAUACAGAAUAUGAACAAGGCUCUAAACACAUAAGCUACUGAUUAGAAAUUCUAAUUUAGAAUAGUAAUCAAGCAAUUUGAGUUGAAAAGAUGUCGGCCACCACAUUCCGUUCAGUUAGACGCAACGUCCCAUACUUUCAAAACGAGAUGAAUGCAUUACUUGGGAAUUUAAGCUUGUCCGUGAAAUCUAUUUGCAUUUGCGUCAUCUGUACAUAUCUCCUGUCCUACUGGUCGCCUGUAGUGAGUGCAUUUAGCGUCACGCCAGGUCAUCUGCUGCCCCCCUCGUUCAGAAUAUGGACCCUGUUUACGAGUCCGUUUUUGGAAAUUCACUUGUGGGAGGUCAUUGUGGACAUUGCAACUGUAGGAUUGUGUGGGAAAUUGAUCGAGCCAUUAUGGGGCCCGAAGGAAAUGAGUUUCUUCUUUGUCGUUGCAAAUCUAAGCGUUACUAUCUUGAGUGUCAUGUAUUAUCUGUUCUUGUACACGGCCACGUCAGAUCCAGAUACGCUCUUUUCCAUACAAAUUCACGGAUUGGCUGGAUAUAUUGCUGCCGUAACCGUUGCAGUGAGACAAAUUAUGCCUGACAAUGUCAUUUUCAAAACACCGCUUGGCAAAUUGACAAAUAGGAACGUUCCAUUGACAGUUUUGAUAACUUCAAUAAUCGCAUGGGCGAUCGGACUUUUGGAAGGCGUCUACUGCACCAUGUUUGGAAGCGGAAUCGUAUUCUCAUGGAUCUAUCUCAGAUUUUACCAGAGACACAGCAACGGCACGAGGGGGGAUCACGCCGAGAAUUUUAACUUUGCUAGUUUUUUCCCGAACGUAAUUCAACCCGCAAUCUCCGUCAUUGCUAAUUCGAUAUUUAGCGUAUUCGUCAAAAUUGGAUUGUGUCGAAAACCUGUGAAAAGAUUUACGGAUGCGAGUGGCCCAUCGUCAAUUCAAAUUAGCAUAGCUGGAGAAUUGACGGAUGCUGAGCGUAGACGGCAAAAAGCAUUGAAACUGUUAAACGAACGAUUGACAAGUGGUGCAAGCAAAGACGAAGCGAAACGUCCCCUUCUUCGACAAGACAGUCAAGAUGAUAACAACGGUGCAAGUACUUCUACACGAUCCACCCUUCCCGCGAGUUCGAGUUCGCCGAAUUUGUCGAAUGCAAAUGUUGCUUCGAGUUCGCGAAAUGCAGGAGAGAGUGUCGUUGUUGGAAUUGAAUCAUCACCUGCACUGUGAUUUUUUUAUUACACCCUUCACAACAGAAUAAUCUAGAUCCCACAUUAUAAACCCCCUCCCUCCCGUGGAUGUAAAGGUCAGAGAAACACGUCUGUCACAGUAUAUCAAAUUCUCAACUUUAUUAUCUAAUAAAUAUGUUAUUAAUUAACAUGCGACUAAGUCAAAAAAA